AUGACUGAGCAGAUCGCUGCUUCGUCACCUCCACAAAAAGGGCUCCCAUCUACCCUCGAGGCGGCACCUGGUGUCAUGCAACCGAUCGAUGUCGAACCUAUACAAAUAGCAGAAAGUGCGCAGUCACCCAUCAACAAACAACCACUCGAACUCCCUGAAGUUCAGUAUGUCCCCAUCGAGAUCCCAGACAUCGAACUACCACCAGCUCCACCCGCAUCAACCAAUGCACCGGCUGAAGUCCCUAUGGCAACAUUCACUCAAGAAGACAUCGAUCAGCGCAUCGCUGUUGCCCUCGCAGCAUACCAAUCCCAGCAGUCAAUGGCCAACCGACCCCUUUGCCUCGACAUCCCCGCUCCUGAACCCUUCAGCGGAAAGGCAGAGGACCUCAGACGCUUCAUCCAAUGCAUCCUCUCCUACUUCGUCGCCACCAACAACACCCGACUCAGCGAUGAAGCAAAGAUCGCCUUCACUGUAGUGCUGAUGAGGAAGGAUCUGGGGAAAACAUGGGUGGACGCGUAUUACAAAAAGUCGGCAGGGGGAGUCCAGGUCUAUUCCACUUGGGCAGACUUCGUUGCCGCUCUAGAAGAGGUGUUCCCUGAGCACGGAAUGCGAAUCAAGGCACAUCAAAUCCUGAUGAAACUGCCCGAACGACAGAAGGAUAGGAAGACAGCACUCUCCCUCGGUAACUACGUCACCCACUUCGAGCAGCUAGCAUCAAAGGCUCAGCUCAAGGACGCCGAGGUCAAUGGCACCAACCGCGUUGAGAACAACUACCACACUCUCCACACCAACUUUGUCAAAGGACUCCCGAAGGAGCUGUAUUUUGCGCUCGCAACAAGGGGGGCUCUCGUCAUCACAGACACCAGGGACUAUGGCGAACCAAUGGAUAUCGACGCCGCUGCCGUCGCAUCAACCUUUACCUCCACAUCGGGAGGAAGGAAGUGGGAACUGGGAGCUGUUCUCAAUGAGGCUGAUUGGAAGCUCCACAGGGACGGGAACCUGUGCUUCUACUGCCACAUCAAGGGCCACAGUGCCAAGGACUGCCGCAAGAAAGUGGCUGCACGACAAGGGGGUGGGAGACCGAACCAGGGAGGAUCUGGGAAGGACGACUUCCGCGCCAGAAUCAAGACACUCUCCGCCGACGAGAAGCGGGAGCUGUACGAAGAACUUACAAUGGAGGAUUUUUGA